AUCGAUAUACGAUUGCAUGGUGGCGAAAAACCUAUUACGAUAGACAUCCCUAUUUCUAAUUUGCGGCGUGCGGAAGAAAAUCGGAAAAGCAGCGAAGCGCACAGUGAACGCCAACGGCAAACUCUUACCAGUACGAUCCUUGCGCGUGUUUUUUUUGUUUAGUGUAUUGAGUGAAACGUCAAAAAAAACAAACAAACAUAAAACCCCCAAGAAGCAGCGCCCAAAGCGAACACGCAAAAAAAUCAAGUACGCAUCGUAAAGAGGAGCAGAAGACAAGAAGCAGAAGUUGCAGUAGAGCCAACAUAAAAGUGAUUACGCAUAUUUCAUCGAGCAGCGAGCCAGCCUGAGUGAGGAAGAGAUCGAUCCCGCCAUCAUGAGCAAGAAGCCGACAGCCGGACCGGCGCUCCACAAGGUCAUCAUGGUGGGCAGCGGCGGCGUGGGCAAGUCCGCCCUCACACUCCAGUUCAUGUACGACGAGUUCGUCGAGGACUACGAGCCCACCAAGGCCGAUAGCUAUAGGAAAAAGGUUGUGCUGGAUGGCGAAGAAGUACAAAUAGAUAUAUUGGACACGGCCGGUCAGGAGGACUACGCCGCCAUCAGAGACAAUUAUUUUCGCAGCGGCGAGGGUUUCCUCUGUGUCUUCUCCAUCACGGACGACGAAAGCUUCCAGGCUACCCAGGAAUUCAGAGAACAAAUCCUGCGGGUGAAGAACGACGAGAGCAUACCCUUCCUGCUGGUGGGCAACAAGUGCGAUCUGAGCGACAAGCGGAAGGUGCCGCUGAGCGAGUGCCAGUCGCGGGCGCAGCAGUGGUCGGUGCCCUACGUGGAGACCUCGGCCAAGACGCGCGAGAACGUGGACAAGGUAUUUUAUGAUCUAAUCAGGGAUAUUUCAUCGCGUAAAAAACAACGUCAGACGGACGUGAAACAGCCGCCGAAGCCCAAUUCUCAUUGCUGCCAAUUGCUGUAGGAUGGAACAAACAAAAAAAAAUAUACUAAAAUAUACAAUUAAAACAUGAAACAAGCAACAACAACCACACGAUGAACAACAAAACAACUGCAGCAGCAAACAACAACAACAACGGCCACACGGAUAUAAAAAAAAAUCAACUGGAAAAGAAUACAUAAGAAAAACAUAAAAAAAAAAAACAAAGAACGAUAUGUUAAUAAAUAAUUAACUUAGACUAAAAACACCACAAGAACACCACACAGCAGAGAAUAUCAAAAUUAUUUGCGACACUCAAGAAAAAGAUAGGGAAAAGCAUUGUAUUUCGAGUAACUUGCAUUGUAAUAUACAUAAACUAUAUUAUUUAGGCAACAAGAUGAUAGAUAUCCCAAACAAACAAACAAAAAAAAACACCAUCAAGAUCAUUGAUAUCAGCACACAGGUGGCAGUUUUUGAAGAAUCUGUCGUUGGGUUUUCGUUACUUCCUCCCUUGAUUUCCAAAUUUUUGUAUUUUCCUACAAUCUGCUACAAAUGUUGAAACUAAAUUACAAAAUAAUAAAAGUGAAUGAAUAAAGCGCAGGCUUAUUAAUGUAAUCGAUCUUAGAACGCCUAAAAUAUGCAAUUUAAUAAAUGCUAUAAUAUGUCUCUUGUUUACUUCUAUAUUGCGUGCAUAUAUAUUAUUAUACACUAUUAUUAUUAUUCUUUUUUUUUGUAAUUUAAAAUUAAAUAGCAAAAUGCAAACAAACAAAAAGAAAACACAACAAGAAACCACACAGAAAAGCUUUUUAUAAAUACAUCUAAAUAUAUAAUUAAACGUAUACAAAAUAGUCUAAAGUAAAAACAAAACACACAACACUUUAAACACUAGAAAUGGGAAAGUAUCUCCAAUUAUAAUUGUAAACGAAAUGAAUCGAAACAAAUUUUUAUGGCAAUUUUUGUAAUUUUUUUAACUGAAAGCAAAACGAUUAGAAAGAUAUAUAAAUAAUAUAUUGAAAAUGAAAGUAAUCGAGAAGCCGACUAUACACUUGUGAGAAACUUGGAGACUUUCCUCCACCAAUGGUUAUUUUCUUUCAUUCUCAAUCACAUUUAAACAUCCAAUAUAGAUAUUUUUGGCCCGCAUAGCUCUUUUCAGAUAUAUGCGGCUACUACUCUACCGAUUGAUUUGCUUAUUUGUUUACUUUUGUAAAACUGCAUUCUGUAUUGUACUGUUUAAGAUAUUAUUAUUAUGGUAAAUAUUAUUAUUAAAUAUAUAAGUUAUAUACGCAAUUAUUUGAUGGAUGGUUCCAGUUUUGUAUCAAGCAUUUCCCAAUCUCCUAUGUUUUCUUCGUCAAAUGUGUGAAAAAUUGUUACUAAAUCUAAACAGACACGUGUACACUUAAAAAAAGAAAAACAAAAAAACAAAACAACAAAAAAAUGCUACGACACUCGAACACUCUUCUCUUCCACGUCCACACACACACUCGCUCACGUCAUCUUUCCAAAA